AAAACAUCAGCAAUCUACCUCUUUGUUUCACAAUGGGAAUGGUGUACCUUUGAUCAUAGGCCUUGUUGACUCCUUUUGCAGCGUUUAUGGUUGUGGCCAAAAAGUUCAAUUUUGGCCUCAUCACUCCAAAUGACUUUGUGGCAGAAGGCUCUGUGCUGUUUGGCGUAUUGUAAACGGGAUACUUUCUGGCAUUUGCUUAGUAAUGGCUUUCUUCUGGCGACUCAACCAUGUAGCCCAUCUUUCUUCAAUUGCCUCCUUAUUGUGCUUUCUGAAACAUCCACAUCACAUGUUUUUUAGAGAGUAUCGUAUUUCACCUAAAGUUACUUGUGGGUUUUUCUUUGCAUCACAAACUAUUUUCCUGACAGUUGUGGCUGAAAUUCUACCUGACCGUGAUUUGGUUUCAACAGAACCCCACAUUUUCCACUUACUAUUUACAUUUUGAACACUGCUGAUUGUGGUAUUCUCAAUUCCUCUGAUAUCUUUUUAUUCCUUUCCUGUUUUAUACACUUCAACUACCUUUACCUUGACAAUUGUUUUUCAUUCCCCGUGACUCAGAAUCCAGAAACGUCAGUGCAGCACUGGAUGAAAGAUGCAAGGGUCUGCCAGGAGUCCAGAAACUCAUUGACCUUUUAUACGCACACACUAAUCACAAGCAAACAGAUCACAUGAUACCUUAUAUAGCCAUUCAUACCCGUUUGGGUCAACUUGUGUGCAUGUUAUCAGGCAAAAAUUACCAGGGUAUGUAAACGUUUGAUGAGGGUUGUUUGGGUAGUUUCUGUCAUUAUGAUUUAAAAAUAGUAAACACAGUUGAUUCCCUUAGUAACAGACGUCAUGAGGCUACGUGAGGAUAGUGUACUUUUAUUCUCUGGAAUGCUAUUUGAAUAUAAAGCCUCAUAUUGUAAACCAAAUCUAAAUGAAAAUCAGUCAAACUUUGCAUGAAGACUAUUGCAUCAUUAUUAAUGUAGGAUAUAAACGUAGAGAUUGAAGAAGUGUAGACAGAUUGAUCGUCAGUGCGGCCCAUUGACGCAGGUAAACUGAAAUGCAUUUUUGUAAUCGCAAAACUCCUUUAAUUUAAUGAAAUGUAUGUUUGUCAUAAUUCAGUUUGAUAUAUGUUUCAGAUUUGUAACAUACAUUAAAUCCAUCAAAAGUGGAAAUGCUGAUUCAUUUGCUGCUUUUCUCAGGACUUUGUCAGUUUACCCAUGCCACACGUAAUUAUAUGCUGGUCCCGGUGGAGAAGACCUGGGCUGACGCACAAGCUUACUGCAAACUGAAUUGCAUCGACCUGGCCACGGUUCAAACCACUGAAGAUGUGACAAAUAUAGCAGCAUUAAUUUUUCAAUCUGCAUCAUUUUUAGUGUGGACUGGACUGUACUUGGACGUUAAUAGCUGGAGGUGGUCCUAUAACAAUGAGGGUAUAACAUAUUCAAACUUUUUUUCCGGCGAGCCAAACAACAAUGGAGGGCAGGAAUGCGUAGCGUCUGAUUUAGGCGACUGGAAUGAUUUGGCGUGCUCUUUUGAGUUUGAGUUUUUUUGCUAUGAUGCGACUCAAACGGGAGCAGCUAGGUAUGUUUUAGUCUCAGAUGUCCCGAGGAUAUGGCAGGAUGCUCAGAUAUACUGCAGACUGCAUUACACCGACAUGGCCAUCAUUCGGACUCAAGCUGACAAUGACGUGAUAAGUGUCCCUACUGUUAAUGGUGACUACGCAUGGAUUGGUAUGUUCAGGGAUACUUGGAAGUGGUCAGAUGGGACAAAUGUCAACGCUUACCCCAUUAACUGGGCGAGUACUGAUCCAGACCUAGAUGGGAUUGACCUGAUUGGUGUUGCUGCAGAUCCUGAUGGGUAUUUAAAUGAUCAGUACGGCUCAGAUCUCUUGCCUUUCAUCUGCAUGUGUGAUCCAACCACUACAACUACCACAACUCCAAUCACUACCACAGCUCUAAUGACUAUCCCAACUUUAGCGACUAUCCCAGCUCUAACCACUACCACAACUCCAAUCACUACCGUGACGGUUUCAAAUUCAGCGCCUGUUAACAUCUCGAAACUGCAGAUUUUGAGAGUGGAGAUAACGUCUGGUCAAAAUCUAAACUCUACAAACAUGCAGUUAAUCUUUCAGUGGAUCAAGCAUAAACUGACAGUACAGGGAGUGAACAUCACAAAUAUGACAUGGAGAGUACAACCUGAUGGAAAUGUUUUCACGCCAAAAGACGUCAGGGCUGAAGAAACUAACCCUCAACAGAUUGACUGCUCAGCUCAACGUUUUAAUUAGUAAUAAUAGCCCAUCUGUGAAGUGAUUUAUCAGACACAAAUGCAAUUAUUUUAUGCUUAUGGGAGUUAAAAGUAAAGUUUAUGCUUAUCUAUAU